UCUUUGGGCAGGAGCUGUCUCCGCCCUUGUUCCACACAGCUGUGGCUGUCCCCUGCGUGGCCUCCCUCCCCUGGGUCCAGCCAGCCUCCGGCCCUACCUGACAAGCUCCCUGCUGCUGGAGCAGCCCGGGCCCUGGGCAGAGUUAGGACCUAGCAUGCUGCUUUGGCAACAGAGGGGCAGCAAGUGCCCAUGUGGGCUUGGGAGCACCCCCACAGCCCCAACUCCAAGUGCUGCCCUGAAUCCCACUCGCAGAGCAGGGUCUUGGGGUGCAGCCACCACCGCUCCUCCCUCCCUGUGGAGGCACUAGAGGAUGGGCGAGGUGGUGGGCCCUGGGAGGUCCUGGUCCCCACAGUCCAGGUCACCCAGGGGCCGAGAGCUCAUCUCUUGAGCUUGGCCUCUGAGCUGGGCACGCGUCCUGAAAAGCCAGGAAGGAGUCCCCAGGCCAGCGGGGCUGGAGCACCAGACAGGGGAGGCAGGGCUGCUUCUACCCUGGCGACUCCCAGCAAUUGGGCCGGGCUCACGGGACAGCGCUUGAGGCACGCUGGAGAUCCCGAGACUUAUCCUGCAUCCUGCAUGCAACCUGCCCCAGGCCACAUGCAUCACAGCCUCCUGCCCACACAGGAUCUGAAUGAGGUUCCCAGCUCCCCCUGUGUCGCAGAGGACAGCUGUGUCACCCGAGGCCGGGCAGGGCAGGCCUGGCCGGGCAGCAGGAGCAAUGCCUGCGGAAGCAGGUCAGGCAGGGCCUUCUCCAGGCGAGCAGGAGGGCAGAGGGGCUGUGCCAGGCCCGCCAGGCCCUUGGACAGGGCGGUGCUGGCUAAUUCCCUGUUUGUUGCUGAAUGCAGGUGGGACGCUGGGAGGACAGGGGCUGUUGGUACCUGCAGCCUGCGUGGGGCCCGGCCCAGCAACUGAGAUGGAGUACGUGGAUAUGAACAAGCUGAGCUGCGGCAAGAAGACGCGGGUGGAAGGUGGCCAGCUGGGGGGUGACGAAUGGACCCGGCACGGCAGCUUCGUCAAUAAGCCUACCCGCGGGUGGCUGCACCCCGACGACAAGGUCAUGGGCCCCGGCGUCUCCUACCUCGUCAGGUACAUGGGUUGCGUGGAAGUUCUCCAGUCCAUGAGAGCACUAGAUUUCAACACCCGGACUCAGGUCACCAGGGAGGCAAUCAGCCUAGUGUGCGAGGCAGUGCCCGGAGCCAAAGGAGCCGUGCGCAGAAGGAAGCCCUGUGGCCGCUCGCUCAACUCCAUCCUGGGCAAGAGCAACCUGAAGUUUGCUGGCAUGCCUAUUACCCUCACCAUCUCUACCAGCAGCCUCAACCUCAUGGCCUCUGACUGCAAGCAGAUCAUCGCCAACCACCACAUGCAGUCCAUCUCCUUUGCCUCCGGGGGCGACCCGGACACUGCAGAGUAUGUUGCCUACGUUGCCAAAGACCCUGUCAAUCAGAGAGCCUGCCACAUCCUGGAGUGCCCCGAGGGCCUGGCCCAGGACGUGAUUAGCACCAUUGGGCAGGCCUUUGAGCUGCGUUUCAAGCAGUACCUAAAGAACCCCCCGAAGCUGGUGACGCCCCAUGACCGGAUGGCUGGAUUCGAUGGCUCAGCCUGGGACGAGGAGGAGGAGGAGGCCACGGAUCACCAGUACUACAAUGACUUCCCCGGCAAGGAACCACCCAUUGGGGGUCUGGUGGACAUGCGGCUGCGUGACGGCGCUGGCGCAGCCCUGACACCCAACCAUCUGGGGGCCACGCUGCCCGUGGGCCAGGUGUCUGGAGGCAACCACGAGACCCGGAAGCAGCACCCUCCUGCGCAAGGACGGGAGAAGCUCCCUGCCCUGGCCGGGGGGCCUGGGCGCCCUGACCUCUUUGAUGACCCAUCCUAUGUCAACGUGCAGAACCUGGACAAGGUGCGCCAGGCCUCCACCACCGGCCUCCCUGGCACCUCCAACGGUAGCACCCAGAGGGACCUCUUUGACAUGAAGCCAUUUGAAGAUGCUCUGCGCGUGCCGCCUCCUGUGCCCAUGGGGCUGCCGCCAGCCCAGGUGGUAGCCUCCAUGGAAGAGCAGUUGCAGCGGGAGCCCUGGUACCACGGGAAGAUGAACCGCAAGGAGGCCGAGAAGUUGCUGAAAGUGAAUGGGGACUUCCUGGUGCGCGAGAGCACCACCACGCCGGGGCAGUAUGUACUGACUGGGCUGCAGGGCGGGCAGCCCAAGCACCUGCUGCUCGUGGAUCCGGAGGGAGUGGUCCGGACCAAGGAUCACCGGUUCGAAAGCGUCAGCCACCUGAUCAGCUACCAUAUGGACAAUCACCUGCCCAUCAUCUCCGCUGGCAGCGAGAUGUGCCUGCAGCAGCCAGUGGAGAGGAGACUGUGAGGGGUGUGGGGCCUCCGUGCGUGGCCCCGGCCCAGCUCGGCCAGGCCUUUCCCCCCCGACCCCCUCCCAGUGGGGCUUUUGGACUGUCUGAGCAGCUCCACGUGGAACCAAAAAACCUGCCUAUUGGAGCCUGCCUGUCCUCGCAGGGGAGCUCCUGCCAGCCCUGUUGGAGCCUGCCUAUCCCUGCAGGGACCUCCUGCCAGAGCUGGGGCCCCUUGGAGCAGGGCCAAGAACUGGGGCCAGAAGCCUGUUCCUGUGGGAGAGGAAGGGGCCUCCUGCCAAAGCACACGCCCUGCCCCACGGCGCUUCGCUAGCACCAAAGCCCCUGCCUGUGGCCACAGUCUGCAGACCCCAGCCAAGGCAACACCACAACCACACGCGCACGCUCACAUGCGUUAGGGGUCCCUAACGCCUACAAAUGCGCGCGCGCACACAUGCACACACACUGAAGAGAGCCCCCGCUACCCACAGAGCUGUCUGUGGGAGGUAGGACUCCCAUUCCCUCGAGCCUGUUCCCCCUCCGUAGGGGACCCCUGACCUCAUCUGUCCUGUGCCCCUGUCCCCCCAGGUGCGAGGGGCUCCCCGCACAGGACCCCUGUUGCAGGGGUUGGGCACGCUGCUCCCACAAGCUGACGGGCAGGCUGGCCGCGCACCUCUAAAUGCCCCGAUCACUUUACGUAUUAACUGUGCCUUGACCCCCACAGGUCCCAGACUCUUAUGCAAAGCCGCCUGCCUGGGGGGCACAGCCCUGGCCUGAGGCAAGGCUCCCCCACCCCCAGGUACCCCUGGGCUUGCCCCCAUCACGCCACACCCCCCCUGCCCCCAGCUGCUCUCAGUACAACCCCUGCCCUAGUGGCUCCCAGCCAGGCCUGCCUGGAGCAGCCGGUGCUGGGUGGCAGAUGGGCCCCAUUCUGCCCCAAGGGGAGCCCGAGCCACACCCCAGCCCUGGCUGCCCCUCGGUUGUGGCCCCUGGGUGGGCGUGGGUGGGGUUGACCAGGGCACGUCCCCCUUCCCUGCCCUGGCAGCCCGUGUUGCAUGCACCUCGUACUGCGAAGCCAAAGCGUCGCCCCGGCCCCUCACACGGGCGCAUUUGUAUGGGGCUGAGAUACCAAAGCAGCGCGGUUCUUAUUAAAGUUGGUAUUUCUGUA